AUGAUUCUUCCACACUUUGAGUCCAAUUAUAAUUCCGUCAUCAAAUUUCCCAAGGUGAAACGACUGCAAAGUUUUUCAUACGUCGCCCAUCCAAAACAAGGAAGUUUCUUGCUUCCAUUCGAAGAUUUGGUAAAUAUUACCUUUUUCCGAUCGACGAUGAUGAAUUCUAAGGAUCACUCAGUUUGUGUCAUGACUCCAGCCGAAGUCAGAGAUAUUUGUGGUGCAGGAUUGGAGAAUACAACUGUGAGGGAAGCGAGCGAUUACAAGAAUAUUGUAUUCACUGGCGAUCUCUUGGAUGCCCGAACAAAUCCAAACGCCACUGAUAAACUAGAAGAAAUAGUGAGCAAACGAAUGAUGGAAUACAAAAGGAUGCAGACGGUCACCACCAAGUAUGCACUUGCUGGAAGCAGUAACCUUCCAGGACUUUUGCGUGUCAAUUCGCCGCGAAAAUCCCCGUUUCCAAUGGAACAGCGGGUUUCCCGAAUUGCCUACGAUUGGUUUCAGGAGCUACAAAGCCUUGUUGCAUAUGCAUUGAUGAAGCCAGGACGAUUAUUAGAAGAAUGCUUUGAGAAUAGAAUCAAAACAAAAGGGCCAUACAAUGCUCUUCAUUUCCGAAUUGAAGCUGAUAUGAAAAAGGAAUUGAAAAGGACCCCAGCUUCGAUCAUCAAAUUCGUUGACAACAGCCGUCAAGUACCGAAAGACAUGCCGUUGUAUAUUGCACUUGCCGGGAGCAUUGAUUCGCACAGACAAGCAUUUGCCGAUGUGAAUUACACCAUUGUUUCCAAGACCGAUUGGGCGCCUGAGAUCAUGAAUGUCACCAAGGGGCACAGAGAAAUCUUGGCUUUCUUCGAGCAACUAGUAUUAUUUCACAGCGAGUUUUUUGUUGGAACCAGUGUCAGCUCAAUGAGCUUUUAUGUCAUGGCAGGGCGGACUCAGAUGGAGGAAAGACACAGCCUUGACUACCUUUCGAGAGGGAGAGCUGACGUCUUCUGCUGUCGCGGUGGAAUUCCUUAUGACAGCAGCGCACAUACGGUAGCCAAUAUAUACAAAGUGCGGGAGAUUUACAAUAUUGCACUCUGGGGAUCACCAUCAGAUGGUAGUGCCACAGGGGGGAGCGCGAUCUUUAUGAACUUGCUCAACGAUGAAUUCAGACGGAGGGGGCACCGAGUUUUUGUUAUCAGCAAUGAGCAUGGGGAAAAGCAAGUCAAUAGGAAAAGAAUGUCCCCAAAAGAUUUUCAUCUGCACAUACUAAAUCAGAAUCAGUACCCAGCAAAGCUGUUGCCCAAGUAUUUGAAGGUUGGUUCGAAAGGGGAGAAUACACGAGUCAUCAUGCGUUCUGAUGGCCCCUUUGCACUUCAUCGGCGGAAAGUUCAGCAAGACGAAGAACUUUUAAAGACAGUGAUACAGUACUGCGAUAUUCUCAUUUUCCAGAGUGAUUGGAGUCGUCGGGCAACAGAAAAGCACGUUUCAUACUACAAGAAGGUACCAAGUCGAGUUCGAAAAGUGAUAAUUGGGAAUGCUGCCGAUCCGUUUACUUUCUUUCCGCCCACCCGGGCGAGACACGUUCCCUCGAAUGGGAGGAUUCGCGUUGGAACUUCUGUUUGGUCAACUGCAGAACGCAAAAACUUUGAUUUGAUUCAGAAGAUUGUUCCAUUCUUGGACCCCAUUGAAUAUGAAUUGGUUAUUGUAGGGAGGGUUCCAGACAAUUUUGACAAAACAUUAUUUGAAGAGCGAAAUUUCACACUCUACCCACCAAUGGACCAGCGCGAACUGGGUAUCUUUCUACGAACUCGUGUCGAUGCUUUCUUGGCACCUUCAUGGUACGAAUGCUUCAGCAAUUCGGAAGUUCAAGCAUCAACAAGUGGUCUUCCCAUCAUUGCACUUAACGAGUCUAGCCACGGCGAAGUAGUUGGCAAUGGAGGUGUCUUCUUUGGAUCUGGUGAAAACCACUCUGACAUUACGAGUGCACUCGAAGCAUUCCAACGCCUCAGGUCGGAAUACGAUACUAUUGCUUCGCAGAUCGAUCCUCCAUCGAUUCGAGAGGUCGCCAAACAGUAUCUCGAGGCCGCUGGGUUGGUUGGUUGA